AAUGAAUUGAAUGGACUGGGUUUAAUCGGAUGGCAUGGCUCGGCCGUGCAGGCGUGGUCCAUCUGAAUGUUAUCUUAUAUCUUCUAUUCGUAUUAAAUAUAUUGUUCCUUCUCUAGCCUAACGUUGUUCUACAUCAUGUAUUGGUAAUUGAUACGAUACAGUGAGUUGGCGUAGUCGAUGGUGUGACUUCCACGUAAGAUCUUAUAGAUUAGGCAGUUAUAUCAUGACAAAUCUACAAAUUUAGGAUUAGGUUUAUUAUUAGAGCAGUACUAAUAUCAUAGUAGACCAUAGUUCUACAUUGGUGAGCCCAACUAAAGAAACGCAACCUGUUAUUGUUAAUCCUUAUUUCCACCUUAACCUUCCCAAUAAGUUUUUAUUUUUGUAAACCCAGUAUUCUAAUAGUCCUUUGAUUAAUGGUCACAUAUAUUAUCGUAAUGUUAUAUCUAUUAGUUCACAUAACUUACUAGCUCAAUCGAUGAUAAAAGUUGAUCAUCUAUAUCAACUAAUUAGCUCUGAUGGUUCGUUAACAAGCUUUAAUAGCUAUUACCUGCUUCAGCGACAUAGACUUGUUUAAACAUCAAGCUCUAGCAAAUAUGACCUGUUAAUAGCGUAAAUAUAUAUUGACUAACAAUGCAAUCAAGGAUUGAAUAGUUAUCUGGAUCUAAUUCUUAGUGUUCCUUCGCUUAACACCUCGUCCUGUUUUAAACUAUGCACUAUCCUGUAAUAUCUUUUCUUCCGACCACUGCCUGCCUAAUUUCAUAUUCUCGAGUUCCAUUGCCAAACAACAAGGGUGACACUUCUCCAAAAAAAUACGGUGAGUUCCAGCUAUACGUUUUCUGCAAUCAUAAGUUCAUUUUAGAUGGCUCAUUCAACGGCACACACAAUUAUCUGGAUUCAUUCAGUUGUUCUGAUCAGAGUGAGUCCCAAAAACCUCGACAGCAUCAAGCACCCUGGAAGUCAUUGUCAUACUGCAUUUUUUAUUCUGGAUGCUUUUGGAGCACUACUACUCACGAAUGGCGUUAUAUAUGUCGUCCACUGAGUAAUCUAAUUUUCAAAAAUAACCCAGAUGAUUACAGUAUGUUUCUUUACCAGUUGCUCAUUCAGUAAAUAUCUCAAAACCUUGUCAGUCUAAUUGAUGGUUUAGCGACACAAUCAUGCAUGCAAAUAAUCAGUAUAAGCAGUCGAGCAAAUCUCCUGCAAACUGGAAACAUCAAUGUCGAAUUUACCCCAACACUGACUAAGGUUCAAGCAAUUAUCAUAGACGUGAGUUGGGAGUGUACUCCUCUUGGUUACAACUUAUGUUCUCCCUGAUAAUCACAUGAGCAUCACUCACUAUUAAUCAUCUUGUAAAAACUUACUUAGCCAAAUACAUCUUGCAGCACCACAUCACUUAGUAAUAUGACAUAGGCUUAACUGAUUUCAAUAACUUAUAACCACUAUAUCUCAAUUAAAUCGUAUUCCGCCUUAUAAUAAACUGCAUACUUGCAUCUAACUUGUAUGCCCAAUCAGCCGGCAAGUAUAAAUAUAAAUAAAUAGUCUGCCACAGAUCAGAACAUUGAGUCUAGAGCAUGUCUCUUACGAAUACACUCAUGUUUAACGAUUUGUUCUUAGCUAUCUGUCUAAAAUCCAUAUAAUUAUCACUCAUGUAUUUAAAUUUUAUUUUGAUGAACAUUCAUGUGUAUUAGUAGUAUUACUAAAUUCUAUCACGGUCAAGUAAAAAUGAGGUUGAGAAAAUCUCCCCGUAACUAAAUAAACCGUAUCAAACUAACUGGAACACUAGUUGGAAUUCUUCUCCACGGUAUACUUUUGUUCCUUCAGUUAGCCUACUAAUACAGAUGCAUUUGGAAUUCAAUUCAUAUGGACAACUUACCGGCAUAAUCGUUAUUUGAUUUCAUAAUUUAAACCAAAACUAAUACCAAUAUUAACAUUUCUACAAUAUUCAUUACUUUAAUAUUUCUAAACACAAAAUAAUUACUGCCUAUAAGUUAAGUUAUUAACACGCAUCGUUUUAUUAUUAUUAUUAUUGUUAUGCCAUUCUUUAUAGUUCAAAUAAUCUUCACCCAAAUUCUCAUGUCAAGCGUUUUAAGCAUGAAGGCAGAUAUUUUAAAAUUAUUAUAUGUAUUUCCCGAUCAGAUGCUGCCGCCUUCUUUUUGAUUUAUCUUUCAGCUUACCAAUACCCGGAGGAUUCUUAUUAUCCUUGGUAACCUCCGGCGCGCGACAAUCCCAUCCAAUUCGGUAUCGAACCAACAUCACGUUGAUUCUGGUGGGAGAGUAGUGUAGUGGCAUUGGACAAUAACCGCACAAUCCACAAAGCUGUGAACGUGAGACUACUCAGAAAAUAGAUAUUCAAUAUUUGACGCGGAUAAAUACCUAACGAUGGAGAAGGCGCGAACAAUGAAUUGAAUGGACUGGGUUUAAUCGGAUGGCAUGGCUCGGCCGUGCAGGCGUGGUCCAUCUGAAUGUUAUCUUAUAUCUUCUAUUCGUAUUAAAUAUAUUGUUCCUUCUCU